UGGAAAUCAAUACCUUCUAAACUGAGAAAUGAUUGUUAACCUAGAAUGUCCAAACCUGCCAAAUAACCAUGGGUAAAAUGAGCACAUUUUCAGACAUGAAAGACUCAAAAACUUUACCUCAUAUAUUCUUUCUUCAGUUGUUCCUUGGAGAUGUGUUCAGUAAAACAAAAAUGAUUCAGAGUAAUUUUCAUCGUGGAAGAUCAUGAUAAUGGAGAUGACUGAAAUGAUGAUUGAGGUAUCAGAAACACUUUGAGAACAAUUGUAGGGAGUAGUUAAGAUGUAUUGGCUUCUCCUAGAGGAUUAUCAUUUGCUUCUUUGCAUGCUGAGACAUUCUAAAAACCUUUCUCCAGAGCAAAGAUCAGAAGGGGGCACUCUAGAUCUUAAGUCAGUAUUAGCAUUCAAACUGUAACUGCAUCCCCUCCCACCUCACCAAUUCUAGGUGGGGAAGAGAGAGGAAGCAAUAAGAACAAUUGCAAAUGGAAGAAUCAGCUCCAGAAGCUUCUAGCCAUCCUGUCAUUCAUUUGAUUAAUUCAAAAAACAUUUUUGAGCGUAUGCUAUAUACUAAUCCCCAUAUGGUAUAUACUAAUUCCCCAGGGAAUUCAGAGAAAAAUAAAAUGGUCUGCUUUCAAAGAGCUCAGAAUCUUUCAGGAGAGAUUAACUCAUAUAAACCAAGAUCCACGCAAAGUGAGACACAUAUGGUAGAACUGGUCUAAGAGGAAGAGGUAGAAAGAAGGAGAGAUUAAUUCUUUGUGGUGAAGGGUGGGGUGUUCUAGAGUCCUCAAAGUUUUCAGAAGGCCCUGAUUCUAUAGGUAAAGUUGUACCUGGAGCUGGCAUCCUUUGGUUGUGUGAAAUAAUCAGGUUCCUUUUUUGCUUAACCCAGUGUGAGUCAGGUUUUCUAUCCCUUGCAAAAAAAGCUAACUGAAUUCCCUAGCUCUAAGAAAUAUUACACUAAGCAGAAAGAGAAAGAGAAUUGGUCAAAGAACUGCCAGUUAAAAUGCAGCAAGCAGGAGGAAUAUAUCCAAAGAGGCAAGAAGAAGCCACCUAGAAAACCAAACCAGGAGAGUCUCAUGUGAAAAAGCAGGUGCAUGGAAUUCACAAACCUCUAAGGAGAAAAGGCAGUAAAGACCGGAAAAGAAUUCACACCGCUGACAGUGGAGUCGUGUUAAGGUGAUGUUGAAAACUGGGAGAUGAAUUCUUGAGGAUAGGGCAGGCCUUACUGCCAUGGGGGAUCAUGUGGGGCCCAGUUACAGGUAGUCAGAGUGAUCAGUUGAGUGCAUGAUGUAAACUUACAUGGUGGAAAUAAUUUCAUAAUUUGGUGCAACAAAUUAGAUGUCGGAAUGAAAUGUGUAGUUAUGGUUGUUAUGUUUGUACUCCAAAUAGAAUCAAUUUAUGGCUAAUAGAAUGACUUGCGUGAGCAAUAUUGCUGGCUCUCUCUCCUACAGUGUGUGACAGUAGGCACUGAAUAAAAGCCUCACUUUCCAGCACGUCUGUAUUUGAGAAGUAAUAAGCAACAAUCCUCACCCUCUUGCCCUAUAUACAUAUGAGAGAAUGUGCAAGAAAGCUCACUUCCUUGCACUUACACAUGUGAGAGACGGGAUGGAAUGAUGGGCUGAGAUUAAUAGGCUGACAUUUAGUCAAUGUAAAUAUAAAAUCCUGAGUUUCAGCUAAAAAAUUUAAAAAGUAAUAAUAAGACAGGGUGCAGGAAGAUUCUAUGAACAGGAGAUCUUGAGUCUGUCACUCACCACAACUCAAAAUUGGACUAUCUUGCUGGAGACAGGAGUGGAAAAGGUAUUCAUGGAUGGCAGGGCAAAAAUGGUUCUGGUUACAACAAAGGCUGAGGAAGAAGGGAAUGAAUGACUUUUCCAGUUCCUUAAAGUGGCAUCAGGUCACGGGGGUCACGAAUGCCAAGCUGAGUGCUUUCCCAUUGAUCAGGGAAAUGUAGCAAAAUAUUAAGAAUGAGGCGCCAUGAAGGAAAUGACUCCAGGCGGCAAAUUGGAGACCCUUGGAUCAUUUGAACUAAUUUCUGAAAGCGGCCACAAACUUUUGAAAGCUGCCUUGCUUGAAAAGCGUGCUAGAUCUGGAGGUCCGACUCAGCCUUCGUAGGCUCUGUCCCCACCAGGCUCCGCCCCCGUGCCCGAGGAAUCUGGAACUGCCCCAAUCCCGAGACCCUGUUUAGCCUAAUCCCGCCCCCACCAGCCCGGCCCCACCCCCUCAGUAUCCCGGGCGACGCUCCCGCGUCCCUUCUCUCCGCGCAGACUGUGCCCGGUCUCCGAACAACUGCUGGAAGAGGAGGCAGCACCGGCGCCCAGCACCUGCCACCGGUGGGGAUCACACUUCGGCGGAACGGAAAACCAGAACUGCCCCACGGGGCCAGCCCACCGAGACUGAAGUCUGUAAACCUUGGAGAGACCUUCAGCAGUAAUCUCCGAAUUCUAAAAUGACCACCCUGCCCCCACUGCCCAUGACACACCCAAAGCUUACAUCUUUAGCCAGACAGAAGCUGCCAUGUUUCCCCAGCACGAUUCCAAGGUCUCAGUUGAUCAAAGAAAAAGAUGACAUAGAUCAUUACCUGGAGGUGAAUGUCAAAGGAUUGUCAAAAGAGGAGGUUGCUGCUUACCGGAACUCGUACAAGAAGAACAUUUGUGUGGACAUGCUGCGAGACGGUUAUCACAAGUCCUUUACUGAGCUCUUCGCCCUGAUGGAGAAGUGGGAUGCCCUGCAGGAGGCUGCAAGGGUUAGGUCCCUUUUCUGGUUGCAGAGACCCCUGGAGGAGCAGCCUGAUAAGCUGGGUCACUUCUACCACCACCUGACCAGGGCUGAGGCGGCUGAACGGAAAGAAUACUUUGAAGAUGUCUAUAACAACUUGUAUGCACUGGCCUGUUACUUCGGUAAUUCUGAAGACAAAUGGGUAAGGAACCACUUCUAUGAACGAUGUUUUAAGAUUGCUCAACGGAUCAAAAUUGACGGUGGGAGGAAAGAAGCCGAGGCGCAUGCGCACAUGGGACUUCUCUUCGAGGAAGAGGGUCAGCUUCUGGAAGCUGCUGAGCAUUAUGAAGCAUUCCAUCAAUUGACGCAAGGGCGGAUAUGGAAGGAUGAGACAGGCCGCUUUCUCAACUUGUUGGCCUGUGAGAGUCUCCUGAGGACUUACAGAUUACUCUCAGACAAAAUGCUAGAAAAUAAAGAAUACAAACAGGCCAUCAGAAUUCUAAUAAAAGCUUCUGAAAUAGCUAAAGAAGGAAGUGACAAAAAGAUGGAAGGGGAAGCUUCCUAUUACUUGGGCUUAGCACACCUAGCUGCUGAAGAGUAUGAAACAGCACUAACAGUCCUUAACACUUACAGUAAAAUCUCCAUAGACCUGGAAGAUGAUCUCAGCCUGGGGAGAGCCUAUGAAGCAAUAGCCAAGGUCCUGCAGAGCCAAGGAAAGAUGCCAGAAGCAAUUAAAUACUUGAAAAAAGUUGUGGAAAUUGCAAGAAAUAAUUUUCAAAGCCUAGAUGUCGUGAGAGCAAGUACAAUGCUUGGGGACAUCUAUAAUGAAAAAGGAUACUACAACAAAGCUUCUGAAUACUUUCAACAAGCUUUUGACACAACAGCAGAGCUAAGGAACAUGCGUCACGUGGAUGAGACAAAAGUUCACUAUGGAAUAGCAAAAGCUCAUCAGAUAAUGCUGACCAUAAACAAUUACAUCGAGUCUGAAGAUCUCACCAGCCUUGACUACCUGCUGUCGUGGAAGGAGAAUAGAAGCAGCAUUGCACCACAUCCGAUUAUCGGAGGAUCUAGAAAACCCACAAUGGAAAGUUUGUAUCAAAUCCCAGAGAAUUCGGAAGAACUCAAUGGAUUUCCAGAUAAUCGAAAAAAUGAGACUUAAACCAGCUUUUGACUCAGCAACAAAGCAAGAAGAAAUUUAUCAUGUCACCUUUGUCUUUGAUAACUGUCAUAGGAGUAUGUUACAAAUAAUACAGAUAAAGUUAUAAUAAAACUAUGACUAUGUUUA